GUGGGCUUGAGCUCGGCACGUCCUCAGGGUAAGGAUAGUUACAGCAACUUCUUAUUUCCUUAUUGUUCUAAUGUUCUAAUUUUGCUCAUCUUUGCAGACAUCGCAAAAAUGGUGACCAAGAGCGAAGUCCUUUACGCCCGCUUCCAAAAGAGGGCGGCUGAACUCUCAGGAGAACCGACCGAGCCGAGGAAGAAAGCAAAGACCUCGGCGAAGACCUCGACGACCACAACCGUUGAGGCGCGCGCUUCUCGCCCCGUGCGCCCUGAGGCUGGUCGGGGAGAGGGCGUGGGCUCUGGCGGAGCCACGAUGGCACCUCCGUGUCCGGUGCCGAUUUCGCAAGUCCCUGGUCGGCGGGAAGCUCCAAAUUCCGACCAGGGAGGGAGGACCUCAGCAGAUCUGGCGCUCGCACGCCCCACCUCUACCACGCAGCGGUCCGGUCAGCCGUCUACUCGACCCCAAUUCCCCAGCUCUGAGCCGGGGAAUAGCCAAGAAGCAACGGGGUCGGCCGCACCCAGGCCAGCUGAGGCCGGUCUGGCGGGUCCUUCGGGUCCUCAGGAGCGGGUGCCUUACGCUCCUGGAUGGGCUGUUUUCGAGGGCGACUCGGCCCUCGAUAAUGUACAAGUGGCGCGCGAAGUUCUUCGGGUCGCGCUGCUCCCGGCCGACCAGGCCAAAAUUCGGUCCAUGAACUACGGCGAGUUCAUGGACUCCGCUAUUUGCUCUUCCAUCCGACGCCUCCACGAGACCGAGACGAUGAUUCACAUCAUCCAGGACUAUCGGGACCGGGCCCGAAGGCAUCAAAGGGGGCGCGAGGAGGCCGAAACAAAGUUCCUCGCGUCUGAGGCCGAGCAGAAAGUGCUUCAAGCGAAGCUAGGGGCGGCCGAAGACGAGGUUCGGACUCUGGUCGCCGAACUUGAAGAGGAGAAGGGCGCGCACUCUUUGACUAGGUUCGAAGUGCGCGCCGCGGAGGCCCGCCGGACGGAGGCCGAAUCGUCGCUCGCUAUACGCGAGCAGGAGGUGGGGGAGGCUCGAAUAAAGGUCCGAGAUCUCGAGAUCCGUCUACUUGACGUGCAAUCUCUGCUCGCGGAUCGCGAAAGAGAAAUAAAGAUUUUGGAGCGGAAGGCCGCCUACCAUGAGGCUCGGGAGAAGGAGGCCCGGGAGCAGGCCCAGGACGCCGUCAAGCUCUUCCGUGAAUCGGAAGAGUUUCGCAACUUGAUGGAAGAGGAAGGCGUCAAUGGUCUCAUCCAGGGCUUCAAGGACUUCCGCAAUCAGUUGCGGCGGCUUCUCCCAGAUUUUGACCUUAGCCUGCUUCAACCAGGCGCUGGGGUCGAAAACCCAGAAGCGGAGGCGGAGGUAGAGGUUCCAACCUCUGGCGGGACCGACCAGGAGGGUCAAGCUGAAGAAGGCGAGAUCGUUCUCGAGGUCACCGAGGCAGCUCCUAAAGCCACCGUGGGGGCCUCGGCCGCAGAAGAGCCAGCUGUUCCUGAAGUCGCCGGGCCUGAGCCCUUUGUGUAGUUUCCCCUUUUUCCUAUCUUCUUUUCCUUUUUGUAAGCCGGAGCGGCCUCUAUACUUUGUUAAGGCCGGGUCCGAGCUCUUGUACUAGGCCUCCGGGCUUUUUGAAAUGAAUAUUCAUGUGUGGAAACUUGUCUAUUGUAGCUUAAGUUUCUC